AUGAAAAUUUCAAUUGUAGCUGAUCAACCAUAUGCAUUAGUCGCAUUAACAAAGGAUACCAAUCUGUUAAACACAGCAGUUUUUUCACGAAAACAAUCGGCCUUAGGUGUUCGGGUAUUUACGGUUUCGGAAGGCAGCAACAUUGAGGAAAUUACAACCAAAGCACACUGUGUUAGUGCUGAAAGUCGAAUCCUAAAAACUUCAUCAACCUGUAGCCUACUUUAUGUUGAUGGGUUCAUAGAGCAACCAAUUUUAUUUGUAGUUUUCAGUUCAGAAAUGAAAGGACAAGCUGAUGCCAAAGUAAAUAUUAGUUACGGUAAACUGUACACACAGCUGAAAAUUACUGUUUGGUAUCCAAAAUUACCAAUUACUGUUUGGGUUUCUGAUCCAGUGCUUAACCGAAUUAAAGAUUGGCAAAAAGCUGUAUGGAAAUGGCUGCCGGGUAGUCGACGAAAAAAAGAUGCUAAACAAAUUCGGUGCGGAUACAGAUUCCAACAAACCGAAAUUCGAGUGUUAGCUAGUUUUCAAGUUCGUGAUGAACAAACUGGAGAAAGUAUCUAUCUUGCUGGACAAUCACAAACGCUGUUUGAUGUCACUUCACUGGCAGCUGAUCAAGUACAUAGUACCAAUCCAAGUGUUGCUGUAGUAAAAAGAAUGGGUUCCAAAAUCCUGUUAAACGCUUUAACAACUGGAGCUACUCGAGUAACAGUACGUUCAAAUACUCCGAACAUCGAUUAUGGCAGUACUGCAGUUACAGUCACAGAUGACCCAGUUUCCGUUACCCUUAUCAGUACAGAUAUUGUCGCUGACAUCAAACUCGGUGUACUACAUGUGGCAGAAAGAACUGGUCAGCUAAUAGUAACAUCACAAAUUGUGUCCAGACUUGAACACAAAUAUCAGCACGCAUCUAUGCUUUUCAAAGUCCAUUACUCAGACGACCAAGUGGUCGAUCUGAACGAUAUACCAACAGAUGAAUUUGUGCUCAAUGUUUGGUCCACGGAUUCGCAAGCUGUAGCUAUUGUUCAUAAAGCAAAUGAAAAACUGGAAGCUAUAGCAUUACGAGAUAAUUCAAGAGCGUAUAUAAAAGUACAGCUUCGAAGUGCAGAAAAUUGUGCAGAUGAAGAUAAGCCACCAUUAGCAUAUAACCAGGCACUUGUCGACGUACAAUUCAGCGAUGCAGAAGUGUUAGAAUAUGAUGAAGAACAAACGACGAUGUCCACCACUGCCGUUACAACUGUUCCCAGCCAUGGUCCAACAAAAUGGCCAAUACAAGAAAUUGUUGUUCUACUGGUAGUUGUAAGUGCCAUCAUGGGUAUUGUUCGAGCAGUAGGACCAUGGGGACGUCGGCCGUUAAGUGAAGGGUACGAGAAAUUAGUAUUGCCGUUAAUUACUCGGUUGAGCACUUCAAGUUCCUGUGGUAAAGACGAAAAUUCGCAAGAGUGGAUUUGGCUUUCAAAAGCUGAAGUAGACAGUUACAGUCUGAACAGCAGAUACUCACGCCGAUCAACGGUAACUGUACCGGAAAGUUCUACUAGUUCCACGGAAUCAAAUGGCAGGCGAAAUAUGUCAUAUCUGGGAUCCGAGAUCAACAUUUUUAUAUCAGCCAAUCCUACUGCUGAAGUAAGUGAAUGA